AUGCAGGAGAAGGGAAGGGGGGGGGCGUGUCGACGCAGAAGACCCACAGACAGAAGACCCAAGGACAGAAAACCCACAGACAGAAGACCCACGGACAAAAGACCCACAACCAUUUUUCUUAUUUUUAUUCAAUUGUGCUUUCAUAUUGGCUCCUUACCUAUGGUCUCCGUGGAAGUUUUGCUGUUGAGGAGGAUGCCAGGCAUGCCAAUCACAGCGAUAUUUGGAAUAGGAUUAAGUUACGAGCCCAGAACCUAGCGACCGUUGAUUC